UUUUUGUAAGAACUAAUAUAUAAAUAAUAAUAAACAUUUUUACAAAAGAAAUUCAAAUAAUUUUAAUAAAAACGCAAUGUUGCCUAUAAAUCUACAACAACAAAUUAACCAAAGCCAAUUGCAACAAAAAGCAACAGUACCAGCACCCUUGCCACCACCACUGAGGGAACCACGUAGACCACGACGAGGAGAAAAGAAUCAUCAUCAUCAUCACAUAAAUCAAAACCAACAGCAGCAACACACAGAACAUGAACAACCAUCGCAACAGUUCUAUCAUCAAGCAGAAGAUUUUAUAAAAACAUCAGCGUUUUCGUCGUCGUCCACAACAUCGUCAGCAUCAGUUUCGUUACCAUUAAAUCGAAAUAUUAAUGUUGGUGGCAAAAUGUUUGCAAAUCUAAGGUAUUCAUCAUCGCAAAUAAAUCUCACCGAAAAUAGUCUACUCUUAAAUCAGAAUGUACUCGAUUGUCUUGCGGCACCAUCAUCUACGGAGGAUGAACACACAACCGAAGAAGAACCUAUAAUUAGUGACGACGCAACAGUGCCCUUAACAGCUAGAACAGGUUCAACAUCGACACUAACAGCCUCAAUUUUGCCAGCAUCAUCGAGACAAUCGUUGUCUCCUUCUAGAACAGUAAAUCCAGUACAAAAAAAUAAUCAACAGCAACAACAAUAUUCCCGUUCUCUAUCGACACCUCCGCUGUCACAAGCAUCGCUAUUGAAUUUCUUGGAUAAUAAUCAACAGCAACAUCAAUUGAAUCUCAGUCAUUUGCAACAUCAUCAACAGCAGCCGCCACCACCACCCUCUAACACUUCGUAUCAUUCACACGAAUUUAAACUUUGUGAUUCUUGUCGUCCCUUACGUUUCAAUAAUCCUCAACAAAAUUCUGGGUUAUUGUCACAAAAGAAUUUCGGCAGUUCACGUUAUUUGAACUCAAAACGUUAUACGGCUGCUCCCACUUUAUCUUCGAUAACAGCACCAUUAUCUAGUUUGGUAGGCACACCGCCGCCUUCUGCUUCUUUGCUUAACACACAGCUUCCGCCAAUACCGCCUCCGAAUCCCUUUAAUACUUUACGUUCAUUUACACAAUUUUCUCGUUUCCAGCCUCGUCGUCAGAACAGCAGCAGUAUGUCACAGUCCGGUGAGGAUUUACAUUCGCCCAGCUACUUGUCGUGGCGUAAACUACAGUUAAGUCGUGCCAAACUGAAAGCCUCCAGUAAGACAUCAGCCCUAUUGUCUGGUUUUGCUAUGGUGGCCAUGGUAGAAGUCCAAUUAAACAAUGAUACCCAAGUACCAGCCGGCAUGUUGGUUGCCUUUGCCAUCUGUACCACACUCUUGGUAGCUGUUCAUAUGUUGGCUUUGAUGAUCAGUACCUGUAUACUGCCGAAUAUAGAGACUGUAUGUAAUUUGCACAGCAUCUCUUUGGUACAUGAAUCACCACACGAACGUCUGCACUGGUAUAUAGAAACUGCGUGGGCCUUCUCAACAUUACUGGGGCUCAUAUUGUUUCUGCUCGAAAUUGCCAUCUUGUGUUGGGUGAAAUUCUAUGAUUUGAGUCAACCUGCGGCAUGGUCAGCAUGUAUUGUACUUAUACCGGUUUUAAUAAUAUUCCUGGCUUUUGCCAUACACUUCUAUCGCUCACUGAUGACCCACAAGUAUGAGGUAACCGUGUCGGGCAUACGAGAAUUGGAAAUCUUAAAGGAACAAAUGGAACAGGAUCAUCAUAUAGAUCAUCAUCAUCAGGGUGGUCAUCGUAAUGGCUUGAAUUAUGGUGCCAGUGGUGAUAUUGUUUAAAUUAACUUUUUUUGAUUUGUUUUAUUUGUUGUUCUGUUUUUCUUGUUGAUUUCCAAUUAGAGAAUUUGUAUUUUUUUAAUUAUACUUAUUGUUUAGUAUUUCAGCUAAAUAAUUAAUAUUUUUUUUUAGGUUAAAUUAUUUUAUAAUUUAUUUAAGAUGUAAUUUUCUAUGCUUAAACAAAA